AUGGUGAACAAAACAGCAUCAUUAUUCUUACUUGCUUUAAGCAUUGUAUUUCAAACUUUGAGCAGUAAUGCUAGCGUGGGAGGAUUGUCAGAUCGAGCAAAUGAAAAUCCAACUUUAAAAGGGCAUGGCCAGGUUUUUGUUGUGCCGGAUCUGAACGAGUUGCCUUCUGAAAGUGAACAUACGUUCGAUGAAGGUCAUCAUACGCCACCGAAUACACAUCCUAUUAUCUUUGAAGCUAUGACUAGUCACACAGAUCCAAUUCAUGCUGUCGAAAGGGGACAAGUGAAAGAUACCGAAAACAAGGUGAGAGCCAAGAAGAGGAAAAGCUAUUCUCAGCUUCCCGAAUCUGAGAAAGCCAGAAGAUCAAAGAACAAUGUGCGAAGGAUUCAGGUCAGGAAAUCAAUGAUGACUGUUGAGGAGAAAGCAGCUUGGAAUGCUAGGAGCUCUCAAUACGUAAAGAAACAUCAACUGAAAGUCCAUCAAUCAACUGAGGGUGAAGCUGGCAAUAUUCCAACGCAACAUCAGGAUAGCUUUCCAAAGAAGACACCGUUGAAGCGUGUGCCUAAGAAACUAACGACAGAAGAGUUCAGGAAGCAAGAAUCGGAUAGAAAGAGAGAAUAUCGAGAGCGAAAAGGUGAAGCAUGGAGAAGGGUCGCGUACCGUAGAGGAGAUGCAGCCAGAAGACUCAAAUUGGCAAAGUCUCCUGAACUUCGUGAAAAGCGCAGAAAUCAAUUCCGAGAUAAUAUGAGGCGAUCACGAGCACGAAAAGAAGCAGAGAGGUUGGGCAAGCCAAUAACUCCUGACAUUGCUUUGAAGAUCGUGCAAAGAAAAAAGAAGCCAUAA